CUUACCUAUCUGUCUGUGUAAACUAGAUAGACAGGGACAUGAAAACCUUCAUAAAAGUUUCCAAAUAAAUCCACUUUCCGUAUUCAAUCCACUAUCCGUAUAUAGAGAUCCAUUAGGAUAAGAAAGAAAAGAAAAGAAACGAAGAAGAAGACAAGUCCUCUUAUAUAACUUCCCCACUAGAUUUACGGGCAAACUUUUUCUCUGCACUGUCUUCUUUUGUCUGAGCACAGCUUAGAUCUCUCUGAAACGUAGCAGUAACUAGGGUUUUGUUUCUUCUCAAAAACUCUAAUUCUAUUUUUUUUUUUAUAUUUAUCAGAUCUCAAUUGAUAAUAAUCAUUCCUUUUUCAGUUUCUUCUUCUUUUCUAUCUAUCUCUUUGUCUCUACAUGGUUCAGUUGUAACCAAAGCUAAGUUGGAGUGCACGAGGGAUCCUUUUUUUUUUUUCUACUUUGUUUAUAUUGAAGAGAAGAAUUUGAAGUAGAGAGAGAUUUUGGGCUUAUUAUUCCAACUAGGGGUAGGUGGGGGAAAUGUGGUUAAUUUGAGUUCUGAGACUUGUAUUUCAUCUCAUCAACUACUAACCCUAACUGCAAAGAUAGGGUUUUCAUUCUGGUUUAAGUUGGAUUUCAGAUUGUUUUCAUAAUGCAGCAGCACCAGCAGCAAGAGCACCGGAAGAAGAAUCCCUCGGAGAUGGAUUUCUUCAGUGAGUAUGGAGAUGCCAGUAGGUAUAAAAUUCAAGAAGUUGUUGGAAAAGGAAGUUAUGGUGUUGUUUGUUCAGCCAUUGACACCCAUACUGGAGACAAGGUGGCGAUAAAGAAAAUACAUGAUAUCUUUGAACAUGUAUCUGAUGCUGCUAGAAUACUUCGUGAGAUAAAGCUGCUCAGGCUUCUAAGGCAUCCGGACAUUGUUGAGAUUAAACACAUUAUGUUGCCUCCAUCCGGAAGAGCUUUUAAAGAUAUUUAUGUUGUUUUUGAACUCAUGGAGUCGGAUCUUCACCAAGUCAUUAAAGCUAAUGACGACUUAACGCUGGAGCAUUAUCGGUUUUUUCUUUAUCAGCUGCUACGAGCGUUGAAAUAUAUCCAUACAGCAAAUGUGUUCCACAGGGAUUUGAAACCGAAGAAUAUAUUGGCUAAUGCAAACUGCAAACUUAAAAUUUGUGACUUCGGGUUAGCGAGAGUUGCAUUCAACGACUCUCCGACAACUAUAUUUUGGACGGAUUAUGUAGCCACAAGAUGGUAUAGAGCUCCAGAGUUGUGUGGGUCAUUUUUUUCCAAGUAUACACCUGCAAUUGAUAUUUGGAGUAUUGGCUGCAUCUUUGCUGAGGUGUUAACAGGAAAGCCAUUGUUUCCUGGGAAAAAUGUUGUUCACCAGUUGGAUUUGAUGACUGAUCUACUCGGAACACCUUCUUUAGAUACCAUUUCACGGGUUCGGAAUGAUAAAGCUAGAAGAUACUUGAGUACGAUGAGAAAAAAACAACCCGUGUCAUUCGCACAGAAGUUUCCAAAUGCCGAUCCUAUAGCACUUAAACUAUUGGAGAGGCUAUUGGCAUUUGAUCCAAAGGAUCGACCAACUGCUGCUGAGGCACUAGCUGAUCCUUACUUUAGAGGCCUAGCCAAAGUGGAGAGAGAACCCUCCUGCCAGGCAAUCUCAAAACUAGAAUUUGAGUUUGAGCGGAGGCGGGUGUCAAAGGAGGACAUUCGAGAACUAAUAUUUCGUGAAAUACUAGAGUAUCAUCCGCAACUAUUAAAAGAUUACACUACUGGAAGUGAAAGGGCAAAUUUUCUCUAUCCCAGUGCUGUAGAUCAAUUCAGAAAGCAGUUUGUUCACCUAGAGGAGAACAAUGGAAUGAUGGAGCCUGUUAUUCCACUUGAGAGGAAACAUACUUCUCUCCCAAGAUCAACAGUUGUGCAGUCAAAUACAGUUCCGCCAACGGGACAACCAUAUAUGGGUUCAUCAAGAGAUCGGCAAGACCAGUUUCAGAACUCUGGGGACAGAGUUCUCCCCCCUCCACCCCUCGUGGAAAAAACUAGAAGAACCAUGGGACCCUCGACCGUUGUGAUGAAAGAUACUACAAAAGCAUAUGAUCCAAGAUUGUACACUAGGAGCGUCGCAGUUUUUCCUCCUCAACCUCCCGUCUCAUCCUCAUCAUCUCAGAUAAGUUUCCGCAGAAGUAGCAGUAUGUCCGGGAAGCAAGAAACAGUUAGGGCAGAGAUGGAGAGAGACAUUUCUCAAACUUAUUUGAAUAGUGCUGUAGCGACAUCUCCAUCUUUGUAAUGCAGGUGGUAGUGAAGAUGAAAGAUAGAGCGAAAAAAGGAAAAAUUACAGAAAGAAGAAAGAAAGCUGGAGGGUGUGAUAGAAUCAUGUUAGUGUUUCAUUCACCGUCAGGUGAGAGUUUACUUUAGAACUUUUGUUGUAACAAAAUAAUAAGCAAAUAAAUAAGUACAUUUAAUGUUUGUCCUA